UGAACCAAGCUACACGCGCAGGCGCAGUGGACAUUUUGACGACUGCACUGAGCAAACAUGGCGGCGGCCGUAGAUAGUGUUGUGCUCGGUGAGCAGUACUAUAAGGAUGCUAUGGAACAGUGCCACAGCUAUAAUGCUCGUUUGUGUGCUGAGAGGAGCAUCCUUAUGCCUUUCAUCGACUCUCAGACGGGUGUUGCUCAAAGCAACUGCUACAUCUGGAUGGAGAAGAGACACAGGAGUGCAGGCAUGGCUCCUGGGCAGCUGUAUAGCUAUCCAUCUCGACGCUGGAGGAAGAAACGACGGUCCCACCCUCCCGAGGACCCCCGUUUGGCCUUCCCCCCUGUCAAAGCAGCAGAGCUGGAGCUGGGUCUGAAACGGGAUGCCGUGGGAGCGGUGGACGGCAGCAGCCUGGAGGCUUUGCUGAAGGGGGAGCCCCUGGAGAGGAGGGGCCCGCCGGACCCCCGGGCCCCGGAAGACAACCCAGCCACACCUGAACCUGUGGCUGCCAUGGUCUCCAGCCACACCUCCUCUGGACGCAUCCGCAAGAGGGUUCUGGACCACGAUGACUACCUGGAUGAUCUGGAUGAUGAGGACUUUGAGGAUGAGACCCCCAAGAGACGAGGGAAGGGCAAGUCCAAGGGUCGUGGAGUGGGAAAUGGAAAGAAGAAAAUGGAGGCAGCCGCUGCAGCCUUGGAGGAGCAGGACAAACCAUACGCCUGUGACAUCUGUGGGAAGCGCUACAAGAACCGUCCGGGCCUGAGCUACCACUACACACACUCUCAUCUGGCGGAGGAAGAGGGGGAAGACAGAGAGGAGAUAGAGUCCCCCCCCCCCCGGCGCCAGCCUGAGGUGCACAAGACCCCUAAGAAAGGCCCUAACGGUCUGGCCCUGCCCAACGACUACUGCGACUUCUGUCUGGGAGACUCCGCCCACAACCAGAAGACCGGCCAGUCAGAGGAGCUGGUGUCCUGCUCAGACUGCGGACGCUCUGGUCACCCGUCCUGCCUGCAGUUCACAGAUGUGAUGAUGGCAGCUGUGAAGACGUACCGCUGGCAGUGUAUUGAGUGCAAGUGCUGCAACGUCUGUGGUACCUCAGAGAACGACGUGAGUGCUGCUCCACCUCUGCCUUUUCAUACUUCUCUUUCUCUUUGUCUCCUCACACACUGCUUCUGUUUCUCUGUCUGUCAGGACCAGCUGCUGUUCUGUGAUGACUGUGAUCGAGGAUACCACAUGUACUGCCUCAACCCUCCUAUGACUGAGCCCCCAGAAGGUAGUUGGAGUUGUCACCUUUGCCUGGUGCUGCUUAAGGACAAGGCAUCCAUAUACAAGCAGCAGAGCCCCACCACAGAGGAUGAAUAGGGGUUAGUUAUUAGUAUCUUUGGGGCCACCCCAGAGUAACCCACCCUGCCCUCAGCCAGGGGUCCCCACCAUACCACCCCACACAACGACAGUAAGCCCUCACACCCUGGUCCACACCCCUUCAAUGACCAGGAGCUAGGGUCUGGGUCUGAUUGGGGACUGGAAAGGAGGGAGUCCUCUCACCACAACCCUGUCGGCAAGCCCCACCCCUUCCCACCUCUCCUCCUAUCAUGGCUGUUAUCUCCCCUGGACUGUUACACACUCUGCAGAGACUACCAUUACCACUGUCUCUACAGAGUUCAUGUUAGAAAGAAAGGAUUAGCACCUCACGCUAACUAUUCCCCAACUCCCCCCCUCUCCUUUAUAUGGUGUGGACUGCUAAGACAGGCAGUGUGCUUAAUUUGUUGCCAAAUUAUCUAUUUUUACUUGUUCAAAAAAUAACCAAGUGUAUUGAUUUAUGGAUUUCAAAAUAUGAUCACGUGGUUGAGGGAUAUUAAUAGUAGACUUUUGUAGUGAAGUUUUGUCUGUGUACUUCUUUUGGAUGUUUUUAAAAACAUUUAUCUCAAAGGUUUUCCUGCAACAACAAAAAAAA